UACUAAGAAAACGACGGCAUGAAAUGUGUCUGCUCUGGAAUACCGUACUUGUAGCUGCGCAUGCGUACUGGAGUUGUAUCUGUCAGUCUGCAGUAAGUGUCUGGAGCAGUAAGAUGAAUAGUGGGGAGGCUCCUGCUCAGCGGCCAGUCACCUUGGACAUCACAGUGGAAGAUGUAAACAAGGAAGCCCCAGGCCCAGGCCCUCCGGAGCCAACCACCAGCCAGACCCCUUCCAGAGACAGUGUCAUUCCCCAGGAAGACAGCAUCGACUUGGGCGCAGAGUUUGCCACCCCCCAAGAGGACAGCAGCACUACACCUUCAGAGAGCCUGAUGGACAAGCUCAACGACCAGAUGAUGGAGAGCGUCAUGAUUUCUGACUCGCCUAAUAACAGUGAGGAGGACGAGGUAGCUCCCAUUGACUCCUUUCUGGAUGGAGGAGAAGAGGAAGAUCAUGCCCAAGAGACCCCAGGCAGCAAAGGGGAACAAAGUGAAAUUGGACACAAUACAACUGAGAUCAAAGUUGCAAUGGAGGAGCAGGAGGAGAAAGGUGAUUCUGUGUUAAAAGCAGAUGGGGACACAAAGGAGCAGACAGACACACAAGAGCAAGUCACAGCAUGUGUUUCACCUGAAGCUGACGCACAGAGCCCAUGUGAUCUUAAAAGUGGGGAACUGGCACCACAGGAAACUAGAGGGACAAGCCCAAAAGAGGAACCUGUGCCGGUGUGCACCAUAUUCAGCCAUGGCACCCAGCCAAAGUCUUUGGUGCCCGAUGGCUUCCAGCCCACCUUAAUCAAGUCUCCCAGCUUUAGCAUGGGGAGUGGUGGAGGAAGCGAAGAGGCAGUGACCCCCAGCAAGUUGACGGCCCCCCUUGUGUGCCAGCCCAGCCCCAGCCUCAGUAAAUUCUUCACUGACAAUGGACACGUCAAUCCGGCCUCUGACUUCUUCGAUUCCUUUACCGCCACCUCCUCCUUCAUCUCCGUUUCAAACCCAAAUGCUGAGAUCCCUCCUGGCUCCAGCCCAGCGCCCUUAGCCCCCACCCCUGAGCACCAGCUCUCCUCCACCUCUUCCUCCAUCUCCACCCCCGGAGGAGCACUGGACUCUGGUGCUCCCACCCCUAGUUCAGUGUUUGGCCCUGCCCCUACCGAAUCCACCACCAAGGCCCAACCUCCUCCUCCCCAAGCAGCCCCAGCUCCAACUCAAACCCCAGCCACUCAGCCACAGCCCUUCAACCAGCUCCAGGCUGUGUUCUCGGGCAGCGAUGACCCAUUUGCGACGGCGCUAAGCCUGAGUGAGGUGGACAGGCGCCAUGAUGCCUGGCUGCCAUCUGAGGAGACCAGGAAGGUGUUGAUCUCUGUGGCCACCCAGCAGUACAGCUCAGCCUAUGUAGAGACCAACAGACUCAGCAUGCCUGGACUCAAGUUUGACAACCUUCAGGGUGAUGCUGUAAAAGACUUAAUGCUUCGUUUCCUGGGAGAACCAGCAGCAAUGAAGCGCCAGGUCCUCACCGCCAACUCUGUGGAACAGUCCUUCACAGGCCUCAAACGGCUCAUCAGCAGUAAAAACUGGCGGGCUGCGAUAGAUCUGACGGGCCGGCUGCUGACAGCUCAUGGUCAGGGAUACGGAAAGGCUGGCCAGCCAACCUCCCACACCACCGACUCACUGCAGCUCUGGUUUGUGCGGCUGGCCCUCCAGACCAAGCUGAACCUCUUCCAAAACGCUGAACUGGAGUUUGAGCCCUUUGGCAACCUGGAUCAACCAGACCUCUACUAUGAGUACUACCCCACUGUUUACCCUGGGAGGAGAGGCUCCAUGGUGCCGUUCUCCAUGCGGCUGCUGCAUGCCGAGCUUCCCCAGUACCUGGUCAAGCCCCAGGAGGCUCUGGACCGCCUGCACAAUCUCAAAACCGUCUGCCUCGCUAUUCUGGAGAACUUGGAGAAAGGCCUGGCUGAGGAUGGCAGUAUGAUCACCCUAACACAGGAGAACAGGGAAGGGUCUCUUAAGCUGUGGAGGUCUCGCCUCAGCAGGGUCAUGUACUCCAUGGCCAACUGUCUACUGCUGAUGAAGGACUAUGUUCUGGCUGUGGAGACCUAUCACUCCAUUAUCCAGUAUGAACCCCUGCAGAGAGUGCAGCUGCUCAGUGGCAUAGGACGCAUCUUCUUGCAGAUCGGAGACGUUAAAACGGCAGAGAGGUACUUCGAGGAUGUGGAGAAAGCCUGCCAGAUGACAGGGAGCCAGCCCAGUCACACCACAUGCGUGCUGAUGAACAGGGCCUUUGUCUACCUCAGUCAGAACAACUACACCGAAGCACACGCAUCCUUCACCGACGUCUUGAAAAUUGACCCGAAAAACCCUGUCGCCAACAACAACGCAGCGGUGUGCCUGCUCUAUCUGGGCCGUCUGAAGGAGUCCCUGGGCCAGCUGGAGGGCCUGGUGCAGCAGGACCCCGCACUCUACCUCCACGAGAGCGUCCUCUUCAACCUGACCACUAUGUACGAGCUGGAGUCGUCUCGCAGCACCCAGAAGAAGCAGGCUCUGCUGGAGGCGGUGGCCGGCCGCGAGGGGGACAGCUUCAACACACAGUGCCUCAAACUGGUCUAAGAGGCAAGAAUAUGAACACACACUAAUGCAUUCUCAUCCAGUGUGACAGGGAACGGAGUAGAAUCUGUAAAGGAAUAGAAAGCCCCAGCUCCCGAGAGUGUGUGACCGAAACGUGAAUGUUUAGUGCUUGGAUUGGUUAGCCACAAGCUAGUUGCUACAGGAUCUUUCAGUACCGGUUUUAUUCUUACAAAAUGGAAGUGGGAAGGCACACGUUUCUCUUCAAGGCAGCCUGCUGUGGGGGGCAUGACACUCCUUAUCUUUCGGAGGGGGUGACCCACUAAUGAUUCACACAUUUACUUAAAGCAACAGAAACCGUGGACAGCUCACACAAGCUGGUGGAAAUGGCCCUACAAAAAAAAAAUUCUGUGUGCGCAGUAGUCAAUGGUUAUUUUAUUUUACAGAUUAAAGGAAUAGUUUGACAU